AUGAAGGCUUUAGAGGGGGACCCCACUGCUCCAUCAUACUUGAAGGAUGUCUUGAAUGCUGUCGACUUGUUAGCUGUAGCCCCAGAAGUUUCAGGCUUGAUCAUGGAGUUACAUUCUAUGAUUGAUCAAGUCUCAGCAGAUUAUAGGCGCCAAAGGGGGUUUAACAGUCAGCUUGAGGUGUUGUAUGGCAAAAGCUCCUCUGCGUGGACUGCUGUCUCGGAUACGACUUCUCGAAUUGCGGAGUUGUCGAAGCAAAAAGCAUCUACGCAGGAAGAAGUCGAUGCCAUCGAUCGAGAGAAUGCUUCCUUCCGGGCACAAAUCGAAGAAAUAGAGGCGAAGAUAAAUGCCAACACUAUACGCAAGGAGGAACUUCUUUCGACCAUCUCAGACACCGAGAGCCAGACUGAAAUCAAACAAGGCCUGGAAUUCGCUGAGAAGGCCCAAGGCUUCGACGCUCAGAUUGCCAAACUAGUGCAGGAGAACGCCUGGUGCAAGAAAAGGUUGGAGCUGCAGCAAGCCAAGUACCUUCGACUCAAGGACUCUAUUCCCUUUUGA